UCUGAUUCGGGCUAUAUCGACUCCAAGAUCAGCUUAAAGUGGCUCAAGCGUAUAUUUGAUCCCGAGACCAAAAAACGAGCUAACAAGAGACCUCGAAUACUGAUCUGCGACGGCUUCGGGACGCAUGAGUCCCUCGAGAUCCUAGAGUUCUGCUUCGAGAAUAAUAUUCUUCUGUAUCGUCUCCCCUCUCAUACUUCCCACAAGCUCCAGCCUUGUGACGUAGCAGUGUUCGCCCCACUCAAGGAGGCGUAUCGUGCCCAGGUUGAUCGACUAGAGCGAGGAGGGGUGAAUACAAUCGGCAAGCAGCAUUUCAUCUCCCUCUUUAGCCCGGCAAGGGUGACCGCGUUUACGCCGAAGAAUAUCAAGGCCGGCUUCGCUGCAAGCGGCCUGUUCCCCUUCAAUCCGGACAGAGUGCUUAGAAGUAUGCCAAUGCCCCCGGCUGAGCCCGCUCCCGCUGUUCCGAGAGCCGAUAAGAUGACGGUAGGGUCUUGUCGGCAAGAUGUAGAGCUGCCAAUACCUGAGACACCUGUGACACCAGUGUCAGCAGAGGCGCUCAUGUCGCUACAAAACCGCAUCAUCCACCAGGAUGCUCAUGCGCUCGACGAGACGAGUAAACAGAACCUCGAGAGGCACUUAUAGAAAUUUGUCAAAGCUUACCAAACAUCCUCUACCCAGGUCAUCCUC